UUCCCAAGAAAGCAUUCGCUUGAUAGGACAUACAGAGAGAGAUACAUCGGUUUGAGUUUGAUGCGAGUUUCUGUAGUCACGGUCGACACACUUCACACUUUUUGCAUAAUAUAUCUUAAGGAUAAUUACCAGACGGAGCUUUACUUUAAUCCAGACAAUACUGAUUCGUGAAUUUCGGCACACUGUCCGAAGACGAGAUUAAGACAUGUCUCAAUCCAAACCGCUCCUCAUCCCUUGGCUGCGCGAACAGAUAAAUAGUGGCCGGUAUCCCGGGGUUACCUGGACCAAUCAGGAGCGAACAGAGUUCUGCAUCCCUUGGAAACAUGCUUUGAGGCAGGAUUCCUGCAGCGAUGAUGUACUUAUUUUCAAGGCGUGGGCUGAGGUUAGCAAUGGUAGGGUUCAAGGCGACCACUCCAUUUGGAAGAGAAACUUCCGUUCUGCCCUCCGAGCCAAGGGGUUCAAAAUGCUCCUUGACAACAAAAAUGAUGCAGCCAACCCCAACAAACUGUUCCAGUGGCCAGAUGAGGCACCCACAGGAGGAUCUCAGCACCCAGAUCUGCAUCAAGAUCCCAGUCCAUUACAAGAAAGUCAUGGUCUACCAUGUUUUAAUGACCUUUACCUUGCAGCAGAAGAAACUGUAUACACAGCGGAGGGGAUCUCAACCACUAUCAACCAGGAUAUACUUCAGAAAUGUCUGCAAGGGUUGAACAUUGAACAAACAGAAGCUAUUCAUGGUUAUGAACUCCCCGUUGAGGAACUGCAAUAUCCAAUGGAGGGCACGAUUGGAGGGCAUGUUUUGCUAGGGCAACAGCAGUAUCCGGUUGUAAUGGAGGAUGCUGUGGGUGGAGCUGUGUUGCCCCCGCAACCGGUGUAUCCAAUGGAUGGAGCUGUCGGUGGUGCCCAUGAACAGCAGGUGGUGGAGCAGUUAACAAAUGAAUUGUCCAGAACCAUGGUGGGCGAAAAUUUUAAAACUCACUUCAGGGUUUCUGUGUACUACCGGGGAGUGAAGAUGCCUGAGCAGCUGGUUGAGAACGAGGCAGGGUUCAGAUUAGUCUACAGACCUGAACUUACACAACCGCUUCUGGACCCAGAUUCUGGCCUGAAUCUGGUCUCUCUGCCCAGUCCACCGCCUGUCCGGGACGAAACUCAGGCCAAACUGACCCAAGAUAUCCUGGCUCUCCUGGGAGAGGGCCUGGAGGUGGGUGCCUCCGGGUCCAUCAUCUACGGACUCCGGCUGUUGAAGUUCAUAAACAAUGAAGGAAAAUGUCCCCCCUUUUCUCUAUUCUUCUGUCUGGGAGAGAAGUGGCCAGACCCGGACAACAGACCCUGGGAGAAGAAACUGGUCAUGGUCGAGGUGGUGUUAACCGCUCUGGAGCUACUGAAGUCAAUGGCGGUGGAAGGUGGUGCCUCCUCUCUGCAGUCUGUGGAACUGCAGCUGUCCUUGCAGGAGUCCCUGCAGGAGAUGAUGGACUUGUGCUAAAGAGGGACUGAUCCACCUACUGUAAAAUACUGAGUAUCCAUUCUGUCAUAACGUUUACUCUUUUUUUAUGACCAUAUUUGAUCAACUGUUCAGAACCAAAACAACAGUAUGUGAGGGGGAAUGGGUUAAAUAAGCAUUUAAGUUUAAUGUCUAAUAGGGAACCUCACUCUGUUUUUUUUUUUCAAUGAUACUGUAAACAACAAGGCAUGCAGGGUUCUAAAUUGCAACUAUUUUGGUCACAUAUGCUCCUUAAUAUUUUGCUGUGCGACCUGGAUUUUUUAUUUGGGAGCACCAGUGUGCUGGUGCUGAUUGCACACGUAGACUACAGAAACACCGCUAACCAAACAACAGUCUAUGUAUUGCUGUUGGUUGCUACACUCAAAAUGUAAACUUCUUAGAUUUGUCCUGACCUCAAAGGUGCCCUCAUUAUGUGGUUUAAUUUAGGACAAAAUGGAAUUAGCCAACAUAAAUGCCCAAACUAUGUAGAAUCCUAAUAUUCUACUCAUGUAGUUUCAUGACAGGUAUUUGUAUCAAUUUUAGCUUUUUAUAAUAAACAAAUGUGUUUACAGGGUUACCUAUUCGUUUCUAGGGCACAACAUGUGCUUCAGAAGUUGUUUGAAUUCAUAUAGGCUAUAUCCACUUUUCUGGUGCUCUUAAAUGUUAUGUUGUGCUCCUAACUUUUUCAAGUUGUGAGCAUCAGUUCAGGAUUAUUAAUUGAGGAUAAAUAUCAAAUCAAGCACAGUUAUUAUCCAUCUAAACUGGAGAGGUAAUGCAUAGGCAUGGCAUCUAUUUCACUUAAGUCUUAAUAAAUAAUAACUGUAAUAUGGUACAAUGGAUUUCACACCUUUAUUUUAAGGUCGACUGGCCAAUAGCAUGUAUGUAUGAUUGAAUGUAUCACUCAUCAUAACUAUCUCAUCUCGUUUUCAAAACCACUCUUUCAUAAGACAAGACUUAACUGUAUGCUGCAGUGAGACUAAUUCAGACUACAAUAAAUAAAAAAAUACCUUUAAAAUGUGUUUUAAUCUACAUCACUUUCUUCACUCUGUCAUUGUAGCUGACCAAAAAUACAAUUGAUGGAAUAUUGAUAUAUUUGCACACAGCUUCCCUUCAGCAUUCACUCCCUGCCUGGAUAAUGUUGUCCCUGUGGACCAAUGAGAAGAAACCAUGAUCGAGAACAGUUUUCAAAAACAGUAGUGCUGACAGUAGGCACUUGUAGAUUUGAUUGGUAAAGCAUUAUGAUUAAAAGGCUGGGUUGAGAUGUCGCCAUAUUGCUUACACCUAUCCAAUCCUCUCAGAUCUAUAAGCGUGGUAGGGAGUAGGGUGAAGGGAUCGAUUUUGGGAUUCAAAAAGUAUGUCCAAGAAAAAUGUGGCUGACUUGACUGAAAGGUAGACAAAAUGAAGCUGCUGGGUAGGGUAUAGACCUGUGUAAUGGUGUACUACAGUGCCUUCAUAAAGUAUUCACACCC